AGACAGGAUUAUGAGCGGCAGACACCGCCGAGCUGCCGAGCGAUAUUUCUGGCUUUAGUUUACCUCCAGCAGUCGAACCGCAUCGACUUUUCCACCCAGACCGACGUGAAGAGAGAGGUACCUUUGUAUGGCAGCCGGCCGCUCGGCCCUCCUACCCUCUCCCUGUACCGACACAGCCGCAGCAUCCAACGUCACAGCCUCCAUACUGACGGGAUGACGGAGAGAACCGAGCCUCCUCACGCACGGACACGGUGAAGCGACGUUCAGGGGCCGUCAGGAAUUCCUACAAACACAGCGGCAGGGGACAUGGAGAUUGACUUUUCCUUAGUGAGACUUUUCUGUCUUUCCUGAGAGGUCAGAGGACAGAGUGAGCCCAGAUUAACUUAUCAGGAGCUGCCGGGGACGUGGAUUCUUGCUCAGGGGCACUUCAGCAGAGUGGAUGAAUGACCCUGGAAGCUAUGGCUGACCUUGUUCAAGUCUUUCACCCUCUCCUCAGAUGAGAUGAAUGAGAGCAUGCUGAUCUAAUGAGAGACUGCAUUUCACUAGAGUAGAAAUAUAGCUAAUAUUUUUACUUGAAUAUUAAAGUAGUUGCCUGGGGUCUGCUGCAGCCUUCAUCAGGGUGGAACCUGGAAAUCAGAUGCUGUAUUGUACAUAGAUACAGAUAUAUUAUCAGGUCAUUAGGUCAUUCACAACCAUACAGCCCACAGGAGACGUUCAUUGCGACAUGAUGAUGGUGGGAGUCAUCAUCACCUCGUGCCUCAGGACUCCUGCAGUCUAACAGACAUUUUGGUUCCCCUGUGGGAAAGAACGGAGCAAGUGGAGCGUGGUGGUCUGCCAGCACCAUGGACUACCACGCUGAGUGCUGCUUCUGCGAUCCCGAGGACUGUCACGGCGGCCCAGACGAGCCGCCGCUCCACAGUAUCCAUGCACCCAACCGGAUCCGCCCGUCCUCUUACCGGGCCCUGAGGAGUGCCGUGUCCAGCCUGGCCCGUAUCGACGACUUCUUUUGUGAGAAGAUUGGUUCAGGCUUCUUCUCUGAGGUCUUUAAGGUGCAGCAUCGGAUCACGGGCCAGGUGAUGGCGCUGAAAAUGAACACGCUAGCUAGCAACAAGGCUAACAUGCUACGAGAAGUUCAGCUCAUGAACAGGCUCUGCCACCCCAAUAUACUCAGGUUUCUUGGGGUUUGUGUGCACGAAGGUCAACUCCACGCUCUGACUGAGUAUAUAAACGGAGGGAACCUGGAGCAGCUGUUGGACAGUGAUCUGUACCUGUCGUGGGGCGUGAGGAUCGGUCUGUCUCUGGAUAUCGCCCGAGGGCUGCAGUACCUGCACAACAAGGGCAUCUUCCACAGAGAUCUCACCUCCAAGAACUGUCUGGUUCGCUGUGAUAACGGCACCUUCACCGCAGUAGUGGGAGACUUCGGUCUGGCAGAGAAGAUCCCUGAUUACAGUGAUGGUGUGGAGAAGCAGCCUCUGGCCAUCGUGGGCUCCCCGUACUGGAUGGCCCCUGAAGUUCUGAGGGGAGAGCUGUACGACGAGAAGGUGGAUGUGUUUGCAUAUGGUAUCAUCCUGUGUGAGAUCAUUGCCCGGAUUGAAGCUGAUCCUGACUUCUUACCCAGGACAGAGGACUUUGGUCUGGAUGUGGAUACAUUUGAGAACAUGGUUGGAGAUUGUCCACCUGCAUUCUUUAGCCUUGCUGUCACCUGCUGCAAUAUGAGUGCAGAAAGGCGUCCCACAUUCACCGACAUCGUCUUCACACUGGAGGGCAUGAAGACAGAGGAGGAGACGGAGAAGCCCAUUGCACUCGAGCCAGUGGCUGUAGAUAUCAGCCCCUACAGGCGCCGCAGCUCUCCUUGUCACCCCGGCGACCGCAGCCAGCAACGGCAAGGCUUGGCAAGGAGCCAGUCAGACAUGUUGCCCCCGGCAACACUGACCCCUCCUCUCCUCGGGACCCCUGCGAGGGUCAACCCCUUCUCUCUCAGACAGGACCUGAACGGGGGGCGGUGCAAACUCUUAGACACGCCCAGCAAGUCCGUCAUCUCCCUGACCUUCACACUCCCAGCGCUCCGUGAUCCUUGCGCCUCCCCGCACCUCCUUAGAGGGACGCAGGGGACACGAGCACCACAGCGGAGGUGCCAAUCACUCCCCUGUACCCCAGAGCUCAGCCGGACUGUAGCGUUGCCAAGAGACACAGAGGGGGAGGAGGAGGAAAAGGAUGAGGACAUCAGAGUGGCAGUGAAUAAAGGAGGCACAGCGGAGGAUGUGGAGGACAACAGGGAGAAGACAGAGUCCUCAGAGAAGGUGGAUGAAAGGCUGCAGGUAGAGCGUAUGGAGAUAACUGAGAUGAGAGAGUCGUUAAAGGAGGAGGAGGAAAUGGGAGAGGAUUCUGGUCUUCCUGUUGAGCUGGAGAUGGUGUCUCUGGAGAGGUUAGAGGAGGAGGACGAGGAGCAGGAGGAGAGUGUAUGUCUUACAGAACCCAUGGACUGCACCAAGUCUCCAGAGCCAGCAGAGGGAAUCAUGGACUCCACACCUGGAAGACCCCUGCUCACCUCCUCCUCCUCUUUACGGACCAAUGGUUGGCGACUUCCCAUCUCCAACGGACCGCCCUCCUUGCCUCCGCUCCCGCGGCUGGACAACAACAACGGUUCGGCCCUCGUGAUUGGCCAGCAGGUGCAGUGGGGUGGAGGAAUGCGGGCUAAUGGUUACAGCUCAGCCCAGGUCCUUUCCUCUGACCCUAUCGGCCCCUCUGAGCAGGAUGAGGUCAUUUCCUGCCCGGGCUGCUGUCUGGUGGGUCUGAGUUUCCCCUCGGUGUGCCUCCGUGGUUCAGCUGCCGUGCCUGCUCCCCGCCGAAGGGCUUCAAUACCACGGCAGAGGCCCUACCGGAACCUCAACGGUACCAUAACUGGUGGCAGCACUUCGUCGUCCACGACAGCUGCCGCAGCAACCAAAGCUCUGCUGUGUCGCAGCACAAAUGGUCUAGUAGUGGCUGGGCCCUCGGUGCCAUGUGAGCCUGGCCGGUCCCUGCCAGAGGCCCAGACAUAAGCCUGCUCAGAGGGGAUUUGGUUUUGAACUUGUGACAUGCACCAGCACUAAGUGUUAGCAGACAAACUAAUACUGACAAACAAAAUACUGACCCCAGCCUCUGAGGUGUGUUGUUAAUUCUGUGCAGUCGCAGCAAAAAUGGGAAAUAUGAUGGGGAGUAGAGAGCCACCUGGUGGGCUGGAGGAUUAAACACACAAAUCAAAGUGACGGCGAAGAACGUGAUGUGUAAAGUGUAAAGUAAGAACAGGUGGCUAAGGUAGAGAGAACAGAGCUGAACCAGCCAGGGUCAACAACACAUUACUGCUGCUGGGAAGGUGCUGACCCAAACAGAGCAGCUAGUCUGACUGACAGUGACACACGCUCCAUCCCUGCUGAACCAAAUCCAACCCAACUCAAUCUGCACUCAAGCUGUGCUGGCUUCAAUUCUGUAGGCUGUCCUGGAAAAAUCCUGCCCGGAUGAGUUAACAAGUUAAAGUAUACUUCCGGUUUAUUACAGCCUGGAUCUUAUAUUUGGAGUUAUGGCCAUCUUAUCCAUCUUACGGGCAAUAAAAACAUUGUACUCAUCAAGUUAAUGGCGAACUGUGAACAUGAUUAAAAAUAAUUCUCAGCAAUGUUAUCAUUAUGAAUCUAAAUGAUGGCCAGAACUACAUAAAUAAGAGCCAAGUUUAUUCGAAUUAAAAUGACUAAUAAACAGGGAUUAUCCUUUAAUCUGUACAGUACUUUUUUUUUUAGUAGCAGUGGUGUAGGAAGUAAAUUUGGUAAUUCAUCGUCGCUCCCUUUAUGGAGGACGUUAGGGUAGAAAUGAGAAAUGCUUUUGUUUUGCAUGGCAGCCCUGGCAGUGUGUCUCUGCAGCUGCUCUGCACUGUUAAACCCAGGGUCUGCGUGGCGUGAACAGAAAAUGAAAUGACAGAUGUGAAUGUGGUUUACCUCUGCCAGCACAGUGUGUUUUGGAUUCUAUUUAACUGAUUAACAUUAGCUACAGGGGCGGGGGGGCAUAUUUAUAAAAUGAAUAAAGAUUUACUUACAUUUACACUUAUUUACAUUUAUUUAUUUACAUUUUUAUAGCAGCUGACCAGUGUGUGUGUGUGUGUGUGUGUGAGAGAGAGAGAGAGAGAGUGAGAUCUGUUGCUUUGGGGGACUUGAGGGAAAGAACUCCUCUGGAUCUUGUCUUGUAAAUUCUUUAUUUUUGCACUUCAGUUUGGAGCACUUUGCAGUGAGACACCAGGCUUUUACUAGACGGUGCUUUAUUGAAAUCUGUGCUACUGGUGUUUUAUAUGUGCUUCUGGCCCAACACACCGCACACCUUUCGUUCUUUGACAUCUCGUCCCCCUCACAUGUAUCUUGUGUGUGUACGUGUGCAUUUUGAUUACACUGUUGUAACUUAAAAAGUGGCAUGUGAAGCAGGUGUGAAUAUUUAUUGUACAGAUCAUUCCACACACUGUGUGUGUAUGUGCUUUUGAGCGAAAGGUAGAGUGAUGGAUACUCACAGGAUCACACGAAUCCCAUCAUUUCUGAUGUUAAAACCAUGGUUCUCGCUUCAUUUCCAUGUUUUGUUCUUCUAUACAGUUAGAAACCUGCGUGCAAUAAUCUGGUAAUAAACA